AUGAACUUCUUUGAGAAUAUUACAUUCAGAAAAGCUAGAACACUUUCCUUGACAGAGAUAUCGGAUGAACAUAGUUCUAAUAAUUUGGAGAUAGAUGGCAGUGCUAGUAGUUUGCCUAACAUCUCAAAUAAUGAAAAUAAUGAGUAUGUGCAGGAACUCCAGAAUCAAAUAGAACAACUCACCUCCCAACUGAACUCCGCAUAUGAAGAGAUAAAAAACUUAAACAUUGAAAAUACUGAAUUAAAAAAAUCUUUAAAAGUAGUAACGAAUAAAAAUGAUGUUCUAAAGAAAGCUACCAAAAAACUAACCGGCGAAGUACAAACGCCCAGAAAAGGCUCACAAACAUCAACUCCUCGAAAUCAUUCUCAAAGGAAACCAGCAGUAAUUAAGAAACCUACAGAAACAUUGCAUUCCAAUACAAGUGGCAAUAGCAAUAAUUUGGGCCCAGACGUGCAGAACACAACUGCACAGAAGAGAGAAGGUGAUGGCAACAACGUUACACAUAAAUCCGCAAAGCAUAAGUUGUGUAUCAUAACUGAACUCAAAGUUUACAAAAUGACAACCAGGAGGGCCGCUAUCAAAGACUUGGAGGACAAGCUAAGGGCCACUCUGAAGGAUCUUGAGGCAUCAAGAACACUGUGUAAUCAGUUACUGCAGGAAAGGGAGGACAGCGAGGUGGAAGUGAAAAAUGUUGUCGACAAAAACACAGUCCUAAAAAAUGACCUGGCCGAGCUGCAUAUACAGCAUAUGGACCUUCUAGACCAACAUAACCAACUUCAGGCAUUUGUAUCAUCUUUUCAGGAAUGUAGUGAAACACAUGAACUUACUUUGAGACGUAUAACUGAACUCGAGAUUGAACUAAGUGAGGCCUACAACAAAAUUUCCUCAUAUGAGUCUGAUUUAGCUCGGGUGCAAACUUCUGACACCCUAAAUCGUUUCACUAAGUUGGUAGGAAGUACCACAGCUGUGGGCAGCUCUGCUGCAAUUAUAGACCUGACCGGUGAUGAUACCAUCACACAAUGUCCUUUAGCUGGUAAGCUAGUGGAUCUGGUGAAAUACAGUGCAGAGAGAUAUGAGUCACUAACUAAUAAUCUUUCCUGUACCCGUGCUCACCCAAUCCCAAUCCCCGAACCCCGGCCUGUUACUACAUUACUAGACCCUCUUCAUACUGUUCCAAUCAUUCACAACACUAAGCAACACAAAGCUGCAUUCUUUGAGGAAAAGUUGAGGGCUACACUGAAAGACUUGGAAACCAGCAAAGAUCUGUGCAAACAGCUGUUACAAGAACGGGAUGACAGCGAGGUAGAAGUUAAGGUCAUUGUUGACAAGAACACUGAACUUAAGAACCAGUUAGCUGAAUUGCAUAUAGAACAUAUGGAUAUACUCGACCAAAAUCAACAUCUUAAUCGACUAGUGUCAAACAUGCAAGAGUGCAGCGACACACAUGAACUGGCUUUAACUAGGAUCUCUGAGCUGGAACAUGAGCUAUGCAGAGCCCACAACACCAUCACACAGUUGGAGUCUGCAAAGUCCAGUGAACGGUCUGCGAACACCUGCAGCCUGUACGAUGAGCUUGUUGGUAGUGCAUCAGGUUCUUGUAGUAAUCAGCCAAUGAUAACAAUUGACUUGACCAAUGAUACUUUAGCUCAGGAAAAGGAUGAAAAACAAGAUUUUCAAGCGGCCAUCCUCUCCACAAAAUGUCUCAACAAAGGGGAAAACACCCUCUCGGCCACUGUUUCCAGAAUACUGUUGUUACUGGCUCUGGUUCUCGCUACUACCGAUGCUAUUUUCUUCCGCAUGAUGGCGUGGAAGCCAUCAGUGCGAUUCUGUGUGAACAUCUCUGACGCACUACAGAACCGGGGCAGUCCCAACAGCAUUCUAAAAACAUUGUUAUCCCGCAGUCGGGCCCAGCAGCACCAUGUCGUCCGCGUAGCUGAUGCUGUUAAUACUAACCCCACCCACCCGACAGCCGGCACGCAAGCCGCUGAGCUCGACUAUGAGGUCAUUUAUAUAGAGGUUAAAGAGUCUGGGAGAGGUUAA